AUGGUGAGUCAUCGGAGUCAUUUUGAUUAAAAAGAAAAGCGAGAAGGAGUAUAGAAGGAGAGAGGGGGAAAUUGCAUGAUAAUGAGAAAAUAUAGAGUUUUGAUUUUAAAAAGUUGCAGAUCGGCUCGAAAUCCAACAAUCAAUCCAAAGUAUUUCAUGUGGAAGUUGUCGAAAAAUUCGAGAACCCAUGCGGGGAGAGAAACACCUUUUGGCUAGAUGUAUACUACCCACAUGCUCCAACGGUAAUGAAACAUGAGAAAGUAUCGAAAGACCAAUUAACGUUUCCAGGUUGCGAACAAAGUUGGCAUCCACCGUCAGCUUGCCGAGAUUAUCGAUAACGUUCCGUCUCUCCGAGUGUUUUCGCCAGAGUAUAUUGGCGAAUCGAGAAACCUGGACGUCAUCAUCCAAGAAGAUGGAGUGGGAAAUGUGGUUGCGACGUGGGCAGUCGCCUGCGGAACGGAUAUCGACAAAGCAACUGACAUGAUGACGGAGUUCCUUGAACUCAACAUCACGCACAAUCAUGUAAUGCUCUCUUCCGGGUAUUACAAGUCCACGCUGUCCUCCAAACUGUCAAAAUCUCCGCAAACAACAACUACCUCAUCAUACAUGACUACAACUACCCUUCCUUCUGCUCAGGAUGUCAAUCCUAAACUGACGGAGCGCCUUUCCGACUUUUAUUGCGACAAGUGAGUUAUUAUUUAAUUCUAAGACCGGCAGAGGCAGCUUACCUUGACAUUAUUGCAGUUUUCUUUUGCGAUAUAUCUUUGAAUCUUGUUUCAGAGGACGACUGUGUCAAAUCGCUAUUCCUGCCUCCGUCUUCCAAGACUCCACAACAUUCUACAACAAGAAUCUCACCCUCUACUAUCACGACAAGUCCGAGAACUUGUUGAUCCUGCGAGGAAAAAGAAACAUAACCGGUGUUCCGAUGAAAAGUGGCAUGUUUGAAUUCGGCCUCAUCGCUCAGGAUACGAAUGGUGUCAAAGCCCUCGUCAAGUUUCGAGUCAUGGUUCGCGAGUCCAAGCCAACUAACCAUUUCGUUCAUUUGGUCCUCGAUCAUCCCAACGCGAAGUAUCUUGCAACGCAUUCUGGCAGCCGAGCGAAUUUCCUCGCUGACCUCUCCAAAGCGUUGGAUGUUUCGAUAAACUCACUGACUAUCGAAACUGUUGCCGAGGAGCAGAACAAAACGCUCAUCACCUUCAGCGAGAGCACGAUAGCGGAGAAAGCGUGCAACAGGUCGGCUUUGGACGAGUUGUCCUCAAAGAUGAUCCUGGAGAAGAAGAAGAGAACUAAGGCUAGUUUUGUCCGCGACAUGGGAUCGGCUUACUUUGUGACACGAGCAACUAUCCAACUGGUUGGUAAUUGCCUUUCGGAUCUUCCCCUCGAAGCUUCUCCAGUGCAAUCCGACCACUCAAACAUUUUCGUCUUUGCUGCUAUUGGAUUCAUUGUGAUCGCCGUGCUUGCCGGAAUCUCUGCAUGCCUCCUCAAAAAGAAACAGCAGAAGAAGGAAACGGAUGCGGAGGAAAACAGAAUCGAUGAAGAGAAAACGGAGGAGGAAGAUUGCGAUAGCACAAGAGCGCAAGUUGGUGUGCCGGAAGAAUCAUACGAGUUGAAGGUUAUCGAGAACACUAUGGAGCAGGUAAAUUUUUUGUGGUUAGCGCAAAACAAUUUUUCGGUGUAGAAUUUCAAUCAGACAGUACAAUAGAACAAAUUAUUUUCCGGUUUUAUUUUCAGACUUGCAAUUUCUGCAGAAGGCUCAACAGGAAAUAUUGCAUGCUCAAAGACCGAAGACAGUAG